CAUCUUGCUAGCAACCACAAUGGUCAGGCAGUCAGCCAGCAGCUGCAACAUAACAAGCAGAAAACAUCAACAACAUGAAGGGCAAGAUGACCAGUCUCACUGCUAAGGACAAAGCCAAUGUCAAGGCUUUCUGGAAUAAGGUGUCUUCAAAGGCGGACGAAAUCGGUAUGGAUGCUAUCUCCAGGAUGUUGAUCGUCUACCCGCAGACCAAGACUUACUUCGCCCACUGGAAGGACUUGAGCCCCGGAUCUGCCAACGUGAGGAAGCACGGAAGAACUAUCAUGGCUGGAGUUGCUGAUGCUCUGACCAAGAUCGACGAUCUGAAAGGAGGUCUUCUCAGCCUCAGUGAGCUGCAUGCCUUCACUCUGCGAGUGGACCCUGCCAACUUCAAGAUUGCCUCCCACAACAUCCUUGUGGUCCUGGCCAUCAUGUUCCCCGACGACUUCACCCCUGAGGUCCAUGUGGCUAUGGACAAGUUCCUGGCUGCUCUGGCUCUGGCCCUGGCUGAGAAAUACAGAUAAACAGCUGGAGUAGAAGACGGAGACUGCAGCAAGAGCUCACUCUGCAAAUAAUAAAUAAAUGCAUGAAUUAAAAAAAAAAAUCUUUUGUGAUUAUUUUAGACAUCAGGAGUAGACUGUGUUUCCAGUCUGUUAAACGGGACAAUAAACUAGCAGAAUUUCAAAAUGGGGACAGUCGUAAAGUUCAUAUAUUUUCCCAAAUAUUUAUAUGAUCAGGUUGUAUCAUGCUUUGACUAUCUAUUAAAUGCAAACUAAUCACGUAAAUGUAUGGUGACUUAGUCAUUUGUUAAUGCUGAGCAUCAGGAGUUCAUGACACAU